CAUGGGUUGGUGGCACGUAAUCCUGAUAAUUAUGAAAGAUCAAACUGCCUCUAUCUUUUUACACCUCAUGAAUAAACAAAACUGAAAUCCCUAAUCGGAUUUUCUAUCUGAUCCCCAUCCCCAUGAGGGUUUGAUUGGAUAAUGAAAUCUCAAUCUAAUUGAAUCCAUGGGGAAAAUGGCAGGAUGCUUUGAAUUGUAACUUAUUGGAGUCAAAUGAAGACAUGCAAUCCUUUUUGCUCAUAAUUUGAUAAGAAAUUGAAGAACAACAGUUUGAAGGGGUAUAGUUUUUUAUCCGAAGCCCAUUUCAGUCGAGAUUUUCCUGCCACAACAUCUCUUGUUUUGGAAUAUAAAGCCCUUAUAAAGUGCAUCUUUUGCAAGGGGACAAUAAUGCUAAUUCAAUGCUAAGCAAUCUUUAUAUCAUCAGUUUUAUUUGAGACAAUGACCAAUGAAAUUUCGGGUAGUUCAGGAACUUAUGUAUAUAAUGGUAUAACAAGGCGUGAAAGUGAUCUAGACUCCCGUAUACGCAAUCUAUCUGUACAAACAGGCGAAGAAUUUUCCCCAGAAUUUAUAAGAGAACGCACACCUAGAAGAAUCAUACAAACAACCGAAGAAUGUCCUCAAAAAGUUUACAUAAAAACUCGAUCAUCAAGAAACUUACUAGAAAAUCUUGAAGAUUUCCCCUUAGAAUACCAUCAAGAUCAUAACAUAUAUACAGAUCCAUACCAACAAAAGAAAGCAGGGUUUCAUUUCAAUCCAAACCCACAAAUUCUUUAUGAAGAUCAUCCUCACAUAGGACUUCAACUUCCAGUUGAAGUAGAAAAAUAUGCAUAUUCUGAUUAUUCUUCUUCUGGAAAAAUGAAAUUUUUAUGUAGUUUUGGUGGGAAAAUAUUACCAAGGCCAAGUGAUGGGAAGCUUAGAUAUGUUGGAGGGGAGACACGGAUUAUAUCUAUUAGAAAAGAUUUAAAUUAUCAAGAACUUAUAAAUAAAACUUCAUAUAUUUGCAACCACCCUCAUACAAUCAAGUAUCAACUUCCAGAUGAGGAUCUUGAUGCGUUAAUAUCCGUAUGUUCUAAUGAAGACUUUCUCCAUAUGAUAGAUGAAUAUCAUGAACUUGAAAAAGGGUCUCAAAGAUUACGUAUUUUUCUUAUAAAUUUAAAUGACCCCGAGAGUUCAGAUUCUAAUGAUUCAAGUUCUAUUCAGUAUGUGGUUGCUGUAAAUGGCAUGAACGAUCAAUGUGUUCACAAGAUUUCUAGUAGAGAAUCUCUAACUCUUCAACCAAUUACAGGAAGUUCAUUGAAUUUGAUGAAUUUAACAAAUCAAAAUCAGGUGAUUCAGACUCCUGUAAAUGUGAUGACGUCAUAUAUGUCACCUCAGAUGCCACGUCAGCUUAAUUAUGGUGAUCGAGUGGAUCAACAACCAAAAUAUGGUAGCUCUCAGCAUCUUGAUCUUACUUCUUAUCAUGGCAAUGAUCAUGGAAAUGUUGAUAUUCAAACACCUGUAAAUAAUGAAUCUGCAAUCCAGCCAAAAAAGUUUGUUUUCCCACAUGAUAAAUCUGAUUACAUGGUUCAAUCUUUAAUGCCUACCCGACAUGAAAACCCUUUCUUCGUGCAUCAAGAGAUGAUAAAGGAGACAAGUCAAAUAUCUGAAGCUGACUUUCCUCCAACUAUCAUAACUUCUGAUUUUAGCAAUCAAUAUACUGAAUGGAGUCAAGAUAUAAAGGACCCACAUCAAAAUCAGCACAACAUUGUAUAUCCACCUUCAAAUAAUCAAAGCUACGUUGUUAGAACAGAAAGUAGUAAUGCAAUCUUCAACCUAUCUUCCGGAUGGCAUCAUGACACGUCAGCAGAAAUGGGAAUUGCUGACGUGUAUGCUGAAAAUUGUGUCCUCUUAUCAUCUAAUGGAAGUGGAAACGGGUCCAUUUCAAGAUCAAAUUACGAAAAUACCCCUCGUAUGAAUGACGUCAUCAUCACAAGUCCAGCUGUUUCUGCUGCCAUUAGUAAUGAUGUUUCUCGUUUUGGAAGCUUUGUGGAAAAUGAUAGUGUGCAAGAAUUUCCUGUUAUUGUUGAAGAUGUAACUGAUAAUCGGCCACCUGGCAUCCCUUCAUCUGCAACAGUGAUGCCAUAUGUUCAAGAUGAAUCAAGUGAUGGAGUUUUAGUAAUUAGAAAUAGAGAAAAUGAGAUUGUUGCUCAAUCUCAUAGCAAGGAUGUUAAGGAUGAUAAAGGAGUGAAAGGUGAACACCAUACAACAGUAGCUGAAGUUGAAGCUGGAAUGCAUGGUCUACAGAUCAUAAAAAAUGCUGAUCUUGAAGAACUACGUGAACUAGGAUCUGGUACAUUUGGAACUGUUUAUCAUGGUAAAUGGAGGGGAACAGAUGUUGCUAUAAAAAGGAUUAAAAAAAGUUGUUUUUCAGCAAAAAAAUCAGAGCAAGAGCGAUUGACUAAAGACUUUUGGAGAGAAGCUCAGAUACUUUCAAGACUUCACCACCCAAAUGUGGUGGCACUUUAUGGUGUGGUGCCAGAUGGGCCCGGGGGAACAUUAUCCACUGUUACUGAAUAUAUGGUUAAUGGUUCACUUAGACAUGUUCUAUUGAGAAAAGAUAAAUCAUUUGAUCGUAGAAAGAGGCUUCUAAUUAUGCAAGAUGCUGCAAUUGGCAUGGAGUAUUUGCAUUGGAAAAACAUUGUUCAUUUUGAUUUAAAAUGUGAAAAUUUGCUUGUUAAUAUGGGAGAUCCUCAUAGACCCGUAUGCAAGGUUGGUGAUUUUGGUUUAUCAAGAAUUAAACGAAACACACUUGUGUCGGGUGGAGUAAGAGGAACACUUCCAUGGAUGGCCCCUGAGCUUUUGAAUGGUAGCAGUACUAGGGUUUCUGAGAAAGUUGAUGUAUUUUCAUUUGGGAUUGCAAUGUGGGAGAUUUUGACCGGAGAGGAGCCCUAUGCAGACAUGCAUUGUGGGGCCAUUAUAGGUGGGAUUGUGAGUAAUACAUUGAGGCCUUCAAUUCCGGAACGUUGUGAUCAUGGAUGGAAGACAUUAAUGGAAGAGUGUUGGUCAUAUGAUCCAACAGACAGACCUACGUUCACCGAGAUAACACACAAGUUUCAAAUUAUGUCAAAGAGAUAUAAUCAUGCCAAAAGAUGAAAUAUAUAAGAAAAAAAAAAGAUGAAAAGCAAUGUAUCACAUUAGUUUAUAAUGACAUAUCAAUUCUUUUA